AUCACUUUUUAUCAGACCUUAACAACUCAUCACCACUAAACACCAAAAUCACAACCACUUCUCCUUGCUGAGUUUCUCAAUGCCAAUUGUCGUCACCGCAUCAAUUUGGUGUCUAGCAGUCUACUCUCCAGCACUUUGUCCUCUUUUGGACUGUCCCCUUGCUCUUCAAGCGUGUGUCAAAUCCUCACUUUGGAGCACCGAGCACUGAGCACCUUGAUUCGACAACUCCCACACAGAACUCACCGUUGGCGUCCCUCUCAGCAUGGCUUCACUUCAAUCACUACCAGCAGAUCUUCCACUGCGACUUACGUCAUUCUUCCGCAAAUUUCCUCCUCAUUUAUACUCGGCCAAAGCCACUGGCAUGACGAUUCCUCUCACUAAGAAGGCUGCAAAGCUCGCCGCCGAAGCUCGUUCUGCCCCCGGUGUCAGCAAAGCCGUACAAGCGCAGCCAAUAAACUAUUCACUACCACCAACACCCGAAUCCUCAAACGACACCCCCGACGUCGAUGUCAAGACAGUAGAGCCUCAGACCACGUCGUCUCCAGCUACGACGAAGCCAGCCAAACAACACCUCAAUCCCUUCCUGCCCAGGAAAAUAUUUACAACAGGAAAAUGGAGGGGCCCGCAGUAUGGCUUAAGGAUACAGGCAGACCUGGUGAAGUUAGCGCGAAAGUAUGGAGUGGAGGAGCUUCUGCCGAUAGGGCCCAAGUCGACGGCUUUCAAACAACAGAGACUGAUUGAGCACGGCCUUCGUAUAAGAGGGACGGGAGAAGGCCAGCAAGUCAAAGGUCACAAAUGGGAGAGGACGCAAGGUGCGAGGUUGGAGAAGAGAAGGCAGGCCAUGGAGAACAUGCCUGCCCUCAUUAGCGAGUGGAAGUCGAAAGGUCACGGUCGAGGUUGGAAGAAAUUUCCCAAGAGAAACGCUUAACAAGAUUCUUUGGAACACGGCAUCAUCCAAGCUUUGGCAAUGGUUCCAUUGUAUGACGUCUCACCAGGGCUGCCUGGUUCGUCCUCUCAGAGGCCUGUCCGACUUAUUGUAUAGAACUCAGCGAUUGCAGCUAUGCACAACCACUUCAUCCAGCUUUCCAGGCGCCGUUUUCGGCAUGCGCUCAGUGUCUUGCUCCCCGUACAACAUGCUCCGCUUUCACCUGUUCAUUCUUCCUCCAGUUCCUCAACAAUUGUGUCCAGUGACCGAAAAUAUGUUCUGGACUCGUACUUUGCGUACCCAUCUCUCGGCACCCUCCUCAAAUGCCAAGGCAACCGCUUUCUCAUAUCCUGUUGUAGGAAAGUCAUCCUGACUCGUGGGUUCCUUAUCAUGGCCAACAGUUGGGAGGUGAUGGUAAACAAAGAGAGAGUCAUCUGCGCGCUGAUGCGCAUGUCCCCGCUGCUGUCCCCACUGCUGCGGGAAUCGACCUCGCUAUCCCAUCCGUUGUGGGCAAAGGCGCCUUCGCAGAGAUCGUCUUUGCCCAGGCCGUUGUCGAGGGUGCAUUCCUCUCCCUCAACAGAUCCCAAGGCUGGAGAGGCCUCUGCUCCCAUAUUACGCUGCAUUUUCGUUACUUGGGAGGAUCGUUGAAUACGGAAACGUUUGGGGUCUUGUUUCGUCCGUAUCGGCCGAGAAUCGACUUGACACAACCGGAGCGACGCUGUACAACCCUGGGUUGACGAGAGAAUCGGUGCGCUCGAAAGGUCGGAGCGGAGAUGCUGAUUCGAUCGAUGGUGGAAGUGAAGGCCUUUGAAAAUUCGAUGAGGUCCUCUACCGGGGUAUCAAGUGUUGCUGGCUAAACAAUGCUCGCUGAUGAAAUUGAUACAGGUAGAGAUGCAGGUAGGGUUGCAGCCUCUGCAAAAAUCAUUUUGCCACGUUUUUACAUGUGGGUGAACAAGAACCGGAUCUCUGGUAUCAUGCCCAUCUUUUGAUUUGUCGAGUGUCGGAAGUCCGAAAAAUUAGCAAAUAUGCUUUGAACCGCGUCCCCAGGUCUUGGUCCUCAGAUGCUCAGCAUGGCGAAUCCGGUGUCAAAGAUGAGCCACAUGGAAUUGCGGAUUCCGGGUGAUUAGAGAGAGGUGUAGAGUGAUGGCGACGAUUGCGGCCAGACUGUGGUGUUGUAUCUGCUUCAGAUCCAGAUUGUGUGGGUUCUUCUUCUGACCAAAAACAGCCACAGACAGCCGAGAAGACAACUGCCGAACAGCAUCAUAAUUCCACAGAACAGCUGGAGUCCCAAAUAGCUGGGAUUGGUGUCAUCGUUGCCCCUAACCAGAGCUCCGGCUAUUGGACUUCCGAUCAGCGAUGCGAAGGCUCCAAUUGCCUGUGCCAUACCGAGUCGAGCUCCUAGAACUUUGGGAUCAGGGCAUACCACGGGGAAGAUAGUGGGUGGGAGUGGGAUCAGAGCACCAGAGAAACCACCUAGGAACGAAUUAGAAAGAGUCAAUAUAAGUCUGGCCAUGAGCAUGUGAGAAGUCAUGACCAAAGUUCAAGGGGGAAUUCACCGUAUAGAGCGGCAAACGCGAGAAAAGACUGCUGGGUUUCGAUGGCGAUCCAGACAAGACACAUGAUUGCUGACAAGACGACGCAGACGAUCCAGGGAAUCAUAACUCCGACCUUUUGAGCGGCAUAGGCGGCUACCAGUCGGCCAAACACCGACACACCGGAAGCAAUGGCAAUAGAAUACAGAGCAAGAGACCUCGACAUUCCGAUCCUGGUUUCUGCGAAACUGGGCAUGUAAAAGAAUGGUACUAGGUAGCCACAAAAUAUCUGCCCGGAGGAUGAUCAGUAAAUGCCCACACAACUGGGAAAGGAAGGCAGCGAAGGUCUUACGAAGAAGUUAGACCACGUAUACAACCAAAAGCCAAUGUCGGCAAAAGCCUUCUUGUCGA